GCUUGGGUGUCGGUGGUGGGGCGCGAGCACGUUUCACUCCCUCUCCCCGGGCCUGGCCCCGGACGCCCGCCCGCGUGCGCGGCCGGGAGUGGCGGGAAGGGGCAGGUCCGCGCCUGCAACGCUGGCCGUGGGGACGUUGUGGUCCCCGGACGCCUGCAUGGGGACUCCGGUCCGGAACGCAGCAUCGGGGACGUUCCGGCGCCGGGGUUGGGGUGAGGGGCCCGGGCCGCUCAGAAUGCUCUCUCUCCCUCGGGAAAAUAACAACGACGACGAUGAUGAGGAAACCGAACAGGGAGGCUGUUUGCAGAGCCGCGGUGACCUGUCCAGAUCCCUCGUAGCGAAUCUGGGAGGGCUAAGAACCACCCGUCUCCCCGAAUCCACACCUUCCUAUCCGCUGAGGGGGGUAAGCUAAUGGCCUGCCUCCCGGUCUUGGGUGGCCUGCCAGCCAAGACCAGGAUAAUGCAGACUCCACCAGCCAUUCCUGUGCCUGUGCUCCGGCUCCCCCGGGGCCCUGAUGGCUUGAGCCGAGGCUUUGCCCCAGACGGACGCAGGGCCCCCCCGAAGCCAGAGGUUCCUGGAAGCCCGGGAUCUCCAGUAGGUCGAGAGUCUCGGGAAUCCCGGGAACAGCAGGCCCGAGCCGCACUUCGGGAACGCUACCUCCGCAGCCUGCUGGCCAUGGUGGGUCACCAGGUGAACUUCACACUGCACGAGGGUGUGCACGUGACCGCCCACUUCGGAGCCGCCGACCUGGACGUGGCCAAUUUCUACGUGCUGCAGCUGCAGACGCCGAUAGGCGUGCAGGCCGAGGCGCUGCUGCGGUGUAGUGACAUUAUUUCCUACACCUUCAAGCCGUGAGGACGUGACUGUGUUCACCUUUCUGCCCGAGGCCUGGCCGCAGUAUCCCAGCCUCCAAAUGUUCAGGAGCCCAGCACCCUGGGCCCCAUAGGGUUUGGAACAUCCUUGGAAAUUUGAGCCCAGCGCUGGGCAACUCUGGCUUCUUGGGACCUGCGGAGUCCAGUCAGUAAAAUUCUGCAACCACAGGAGUUCUGGAGCCCGUUGGAAGGAAUGCUCUGCCUCACAGGAAUCUAAGCUCUUAAAACAGGGCCUCAUGCCAGUUCCUGAAGACUGGGGGUUGGGGGCGGUUAACAAAGGGCGGCACAUCGCAGAGUGGGAAAUUGUCUGUUGAAGUUGCGAAGUUCAGCCACCCUGGAGAAAGUCCCCUCUACUAAAGAACCCAUUAUUCCAGGAA